AUGGCUGCCUCUCUGAGCCGGCUGUCCCACAUCGCCUUCCACGUCCCCGCCGGGACGGGCUUGGUCAGUGACCUGGUGGGCAAGUUCCGCUUUCACCUGUUCGCGGAGCGGGUGACGGCGUGCGCCCGGCAGCUGGCUCUCCGCAAAGGAGCCGCUGUCUUCCUCAUCAAUGAGAGGCUGGGGGAGGCCCCCCCGGUCCACGUGUUCCCGUUCGACCCCACCCAGCCCACACUGGCUCAGCAGCCCCCGCUGGGCCACAGCGACGAGGAAUUCCUCUACGACGUCGGCCCCUCACACCUCGUGAGCACGGCCUCCAACGUGUGCUUCGAGGUGCAGGACGUACCCAGCAUCUCCCGACGCCUCCAGGAGCGGGGCUGCCCCCUGGCGAUCCCACCCACUGACGUGACGGACGACGGCGGCUCCGUCACCUACUGCGUGGUGAGAUCCGUCGUGGGGAACGUCAGCCACACCCUGCUGGAUCGCUCCCGCUACCGGGGGGCGUUCCUGCCUGGCUUCCGCACCGCGGGGGACGUCCCCGAGGGGCCGCAGGACCCGGCCGAGGCCACGCACUUCGACCACAUUACCUACGCCUGCUCGCGGGGCAGUACCCGGGCCGUGCUGGACUGGUACCAGCACUGCUUCGGCUUCCAGCGCUUCAUCGUGAACAGGCAGGAGGACGCGGCCGAGGGCUACCGGAUCCGCGGGCGCGGCGUGGGGCUGCGGCUCACCACCAUGCGGUACGGGAAGGGCAGCGAGCCGGGGCUGGCCGAUGACUGCAAGUUCGUCCUGGCCGAGUCCCUGCCGGAGCCAGGGAAGAACCAGGUGGAUGCCUUCCUGGAGCAGCACGGCGGAGCUGGGAUCCAGCACGUUGGGCUCUACACCACGGACAUCGUCUCCACGGCCCGGGCCCUGGCGCAGGCCGGCGUGCGGUUCGUCGAGCCUCCCCAGGCCUACUACAGCGAGGCGGGCAAAGCAGAGGAGAUCCGGGAGGCUGGGCUGGACCCCCGGCUCCUGUCCCAGCAUGGCAUCCUGCUGGACGCCGAGCUGGCUCAGGACGGGGAGGGAGGCGGCAGGGGCUCCAGCCCACACCAGCGGAGGUACCUGAUGCAAAUCUUCACCAAGCCCAUCUUCCCUGAGGAGACCUUCUUCCUGGAGCUGAUUGAGCGUCGGGGGGCCGCAGGCUUCGGGGAGGGCAACAUCCGGGCCCUGUGGAAAUCCGUGCAGGCCUAUCUGGACAAGCAGGAGUAG